GGCGGCCUGGCGGGGGCGAGCGCGCUGUGGGUCGGCCCUGCGCUGUUUCAGGGCGCCUCCCGCUCGCCGGGACUGAGUUCCGCGCCGGCGUGGCCUGCUGGGUUCUAAGCGCCAGGGGUCGGCUCUGCAGCUCUCAGCUUUGGGGACGGGACCGAGGAGCGGGGUGUGGGCCUCACGGAACUGUCCCCCUGACCUCAGGCAGCGCUGGGGCGAGAGAGGGCACGCGGAGGCUCGCGGGGACCAGCAGCAACCCCCGGACCAGCUCAGCCGUCCCUGCUCACAGGCGCCGCCCCCAGGAACCUCGGCCCGGGUUUAGGACGCGCCGGUGUGCAGAAGAGAAGCGGGAUCAGAUGGCGUCCCAUGCAGAGUGCCGGCCUCUGGGAGUGUUUGAGUGUGAACUCUGUGCCUUGACAGCUCCGUACAGCUAUGUGGGACAGAAGCCCCCCAACACCCAGUCGAUGGUCCUCCUGGAGGAAAGCUAUGUCAUGAAGGAUCCCUUCACCUCCCACAAGGACAGAUUCCUGGUCCUCGGCUCACGCUGCAGUUUGUGCAGCAGGCUGGUGUGUGUGGGCCCGGAGUGCAGCUUAUUCUACUCCAAGAGAUUCUGCCUCCCUUGUGUCCAGGAGAACAUCAGUGCUUUUCCUCAGGAAAUUCGGCAAGACUUGGAGAAAAGGAAAGCUCCAUCAAAGAGGACCCCCAGCCAGCCCAGUUCUCGGACGUGAGUGCAGCCAGGGCUGGGUCAUCGGGCAGCACCCUGCACAGAGCUCCUGGGCCAGCCUGCGCCGGGGAUGCUGCCGAGCUGGGAGCUGCCAUGCCUGGCCUUGUUUCUGGACCACUGGGAGCAGCACUGCAGCCCAGGGGAGCUGGAGUCCAGUUUGGAGCAGCCACAGGCCCAGGGAGCUGUAGCAAGAGGGUAGCCCAAAGGCAGAUGCCAGACAAGACACAGCCAGGAACCUGGCCAGGUGUCCCCACAUGCCCCUCAGGGCCCAGGCCUGAAUGAGUGCUGCUCAGAUGUGACUGAGAGGGAUGACCUCCUUCAGUGGGGCAGCUCCUAAGAGGCCACGUGCAGGUGCAUGUCAGGGGAGAUGCCACACUGUAUCGGGGCCAUGAUGCAUGGUAGGUGGCUGCAAUGGUCUCUCUGUAAGGAAAAUCACUGACAGCAGCUGCCUUCUGGAGCCAGUCUGGAAGGUCUAGAGGGGGAUAGAAUUUUUACUUCAUAUCCUUAUGUGAUGCUUGGAAAAUGUUUUUAACCUUGACCAUGUAUUAUGUUUAUAAUUAAAAACCCAAAUAACCAGCUCAUGUAUGGAAAGGAAUCUUCCACUGAAACAUUUGGAUACCCGACAUUCUCCCUGGGCACUUGACCCGGCAGUGGUUGGGGUCUCCUGGGAAGCUGAGUGCUGGCUUCUAGCCUUGCCAGUUCCCUCAGGCUCUGGCUUCAGCUCUGGCCCCUCCAUUCUGUCUUCCCCGACCCCAAGUCAGGAAUGCCGUGGGCUUCCUGCCCUCACCCCACACCUCAAGACCAUCCCGCUGCCUGCCUGUCUGCUUGCCCCCUGCCAUCUCAAACUCAGCCCUGGGUGCCUGUGAAGCCUGACCCCAUUGCCUGCCAGGGGUUCCUGCAGCACCCCCUCCUCCAGGCUCCCCAUCUCCUUGAAGCUUCCAGGGUAGCAGCUGGUGGGACAUUGAUCUGUGAGCUCUGGAAUGUCUGCUUAGAGUUCGGAGAGGCAGGAACUGCUCUGUCUUUGUAACUACUCAAGGCCAACUGUCACAUGAAGGAAUGAAUAAAGAGUUUUUACUGACUUGUA